UUUCACUUAUUAUCUUUGAUUCCUUUUUAUUUGAUCUAUUCGUUAUAUUUAGGAACAAAAUGGUGCGGAAGUGGAAACAUUGCUGAGGAUUAUGACGAUCUUGGCAAAUUCGCUGAAACCGAUGCUUGCUGUCGUGAACAUGAUUAUUGUGACGAUAUUAUAGAAGCUAUGACGACAAAAUAUAAUCUGACAAAUCCUUCCUUUUAUACGAGAAUGAACUACAAUGACGGUGGCGUAAGGUUGCAUUGUUCCUGCGACGAGAAGUUCUAUGACUGCCUCCAGCGUUCGGGUGACAAAAUUGCUGGUAAGAUCGGGUUCCUGUACUUCAAUGUUUUGGACACCAAGUGUUACCGCGAGGAUUAUCCAAUUGUGAACUGCAAACGUUACUCGAAAUUUCCUAGACGGUGUUUGGAGUACGACCUGGACGAGAGCCAAACGAAGAGGUAUCAGUGGUUCGACGUGCCCCUAUAUGCCAAAACGACUAUGUUCCACGAAAUCAACGACGUCAAUCCGAUCGGAUUCACGCGUUCUCACAACUGA